AUGAUGUGUAACCAGCUCCUGUCCUGGGCCUUUCUACUUGUGGCUUCUGGUCCACUGUUGGCCCACCCCAUCACAGAAUCUGCUGAGAUGCCUUAUCCAGGACCUGUAUCGGUGGAGGACAGAGGUAUCGGACCUCUGGAAGAUAUGCCACUCUCUGAACAAACCUUCCCUCCUCAGGACGCUGCCGGUCUCAGAUAUUCCACACUCAUAUCUGGGGAGAUCAACAGAGAUGGUGUCAGAACAACAGGCCUGCUUCCCAGAUCCAUGAAAAGAGAGGUCUUAUUGGAAAAAUCAAGUCUCCUGAAUCCUUUCAGCCAUGUUUUGGGAAUCCGGAAGCAGUUUAGGAAGAGAGCAGGGAAUUCUGAGUGUUUCUGGAAGUACUGUGUGUAA